UAAUUCUCCAAGGACCACACCAGCUCCAAAGCAUGUGGGUUUCAAGUUCCUCUUCUGCAGUCAGUCACCUUUCUGACCUCAGUCUGGGCUUCCUGCUGGGGCUUCCUCCUAGUCCUGUGACACCGAGGUCCUGUGGCUCGUCCUCAAAGAUGCCGCUGCUGCUGUUGCUCCCUCUGCUGUGGGCAGGGUCCCAGGCUCAGCAUGGGAGAUUCUGGCUGCAAGUGCAGGGGUCUGCGACGGUGCAGGAGGGCCUGUGCGUCCGUGUGCCCUGCACUAUCUUCUAUCCUCAAGUCAAUGACAGUAACACUGACCCAGUUUAUGGCUACUGGUUCCGAGAAGGGGCAAGUCCACACCAGGAAGCUCCUGUGGCCACAAACAACCCAGAUCGUGAAGUGCAGGAGGAGACUCAGGGCCGAUUCCACCUUCUUGGAAACCCCCAGAUCUAUGACUGCUCCCUGGACAUCAAAGACACCAGGAGGAGUGACUCUGGGACAUACUUCUUUCGGGUGGAGAGAGGGUCUUUUCUGAGAUAUAAUUACAGACAGAACCAGCUCUCUGUGCAUGUGACAGCUCUGACAGAGACACCUGACAUCUACAUCCAGGAGACCCUAGAAGCUGGCCACCCCAAGAACAUUACUUGUACUGUGCCAUGGGCCUGUGAGAGGGGGACGCCCCCCACCUUCUCCUGGAUGGGGGUCGCCCUCACCUCCAUGGGCUCCAAGACUCCCCACUCCUCAGUGCUUACCCUCACCCCAGAGCCCCAGGACCACGGCACCAACCUCACCUGUCAAGUGACAUUCCCUGGAGCUGGUGUGAGCACGGAGAGGACCGUCCAGCUCAACGUGUCCUUUCCUGCAGGGAGAUCAAGGCCCAUGACAGAAGUUGUUCUGGUGGCCAUCGGGGAAGCAGCUGUGAAGAUCCUGCUCCUCCUCCUCUGCCUCAUCUUCCUCAUAAUGAGGUCCUACAGGAGGAAAGUGAUGAGGCCUGCAGGGGGCAUGUAGGAUGCAAACACCACCCCGGGUUAAUCCCUCAGCUCAUGUUGCUGCCUGUCGUCUCCUCAUCCUGACGCUGGUUGUUCCUGGGGGCUCAUCUCUUCCCUGGGUCUCUGAACUCACCUCACCUCCUGCUUCCAUCUCUCUCCUCAACUCGGGCCUCCAGAUUGUUUCCAGAGACCAUCAUCCAUGUCCUGCACAGUAUGAACAGCUACGUGUCCUCUCCAUGGCCAGAGACUGAGCUGAAAACACCACAGGCUGAAUUUGAAGGCCUGGCCUGAUCCGUCUCUGCUGGACUCUCCCCCAGAUUCCUCCCUCUCUCUGCAUCUGUCAAUGUCUCCUCUCCCAGCUGGGCCAAGGCCUCUGUGACUCUGAGACUUUGUAUGUGUAGUUCCUUCUCCUGAAAUGCCCUUCCUUCCUCAUUCCUACCUCUCCAAGUCAUGCUCAUCCCUCAGGCUCAUUCUUAAAUGCCACCCAGUGUGUGUGCGUGCAUGUGUUUGUCAUUGUAUAGUUCUAAGCAGAGUAACAUUCAGUCAUUUAUGCAUAGACCCAUUUAACAAUUGUCAUUGCAUACAUAUGACGUACCAGCAUUGUGCAUCAGUGACACAACUUCAAAACUCACUGUCAUGCAAAGGAUUUGAAGAUACACUUCUGCGAAGAAGACACACAAAUGACCAAGGAGCACAUGAAAAGAUGAUCAGCAUCAUCAGUCGUUAGAGAAAUGCAAGUCAAAACUACAAUGAAAUACGACUUUACACCCAUUAGGACAGCUUUAUAUAUUUUUUUAAAAAAACACAUAGUAACAAGUAUUGGCAAAGGUGUGAAUGAAUUAGAACCCAUGGGCAUUGCCUGUGAGAAUGAGAAGUGGUGCAGCCCAGUGGAAAACCCUUUGGAAUCUCUUUCAAAAAUUAAACAUAGAAUCACCCUAUGACCCAGCGCUGCCACUUCUAGAUAUGUACUCAAAGGACUUGAACGUAUGCAUUUAAUGGAUGCUUGUACACCAGUGUUCAUAGCAGCAUUAUUCACAGUAGCUGUGGAACCAAUGCUGGUGCCCAUCAACAGAAUAAUGGAUGAACCAAAUAUGGCACAUGCAUACAAUGGAAUAUCAUUCAGCCUUGAAGAGGAAUAAGUGAAAUUCUGGCACAUGCUACCUCAUGGAUGAACCUUGAAAACAAUAUGGUAAAUGGAAGGAGACAGACACAAAAGGGCAAAUAUUGCGUGAUUCUGCUUCUAUGAGCUGCCUAUGAAGACAAAUUCAUAGAAACAGAAAGAAUAAUGGUGGCUGCUCGCAACCAAGGGGCGGGGGAUGGGGAGUCAUUGUGCAACUGUGCAGAGUUACUGUUUGGGAUGACGGAAAUGUUCAGGAAAUACACAGAGGUGAUGGUUGCACAACAUUGUGAGUGCAUCUGGUGUCACUGAAUUGUGCCCUGUAAAACUUUUUAAAUGGCCAUUUUUCUUUUACAGAUAUUUUACCACAGUAAACAAAGGGAACAGGAAGUGUUUCUGUCAUCCGGAUUCUGUCAGUCAUUAUUGAGACAAGAAUAAAAAAUAAAUUAAAUUACAGCAUGUGGGAUAUCAAUACAUGUUUGGGGGAGAUCCCUCAGGGAAAGCAGCCUGUGGCAUAGUGGGGUGGGUUUUCUGAAUUGGAGAGUGUGAUGUGAUGGAGGUGAUGUUUGAACAAAGACUUGGAGGUAAGGAGGAAGGAAGUCUUGUGUUUCCCUACGAGAAAAGUAUUCCAGGAAGAUGGAAAAGGGGGAGAAGUGAGAGCCAUGGUCCAGAGGCAGAAGCAGGCGUGGUGUGUGGAGGAAACAAGAGGCUGACGUGUGACAGCACAGGGAGGACAGUGCAGGCCCCGUGGGAGACCACCGCAGGCCAACGCACGAUCCUGGAAGCCUUUGAGGGGAGCAGUCACAUGACUAGACCCUCAAGUUAGUAGGAUCCCAAUGGCUUCUAUGUUCAGAAUCGGAGAGGGUGGGUCCAGGGCAGCCAAAGAUAGAUGUGGCACGUCUCUAUGGGCACUCCAGGCAGGACUUGAUGGUGCCCUGGACCAGGGACAUUGUGUAGGUAGAGAGCAUAUAUUUGGGAAACAUUUUGAGGGUUAAGCUGACUGAAAUUUCUGCUGGAUGUGGUAAGUGGGGGAAAGAGAGGAACAAGGAUGGUGCUGAAAUCUUUCCUUGGAGCACCUGGAAGGAUGCAGUUGUGUGGCAUGGAGGAAAUCUGAGAGCAGGGUUUGCAAGAGUGAUGUUCAUUCUGAGAGGCCACCUGAUAGAUAACUGGAAAGCUGGAUAUACACAUAUGGAGGUCAGGAGAGGGGUCCCGACUGGAGACGUUAAAAUGUAUAGCCAGUGUAAGGUGAUGACAACAGAUAAGG